AUGUCAACAUUUGAUGGUAUCGUGGAAGUUGAUUACUUUCGGAAGAGUCCUGAGCAUCCUGCACCACUGGCUUGCUUUCUCAGUCAUGUGCACAGUGAUCAUUUGCAGGGCCUGGAGUCCUUCCGAGCUCCGUUCAUCUACUGUUCUCCGGCAACGAGAGAGGCAAGAAAUUCAUACGCCCUGUUACUCUGCAUUGAAAAGUAUCCCCAUCGGAUGAACUUUAAUAAAGGUAUAUUGGAGUCACGGCGACUACACUAUAAGCAUCUCGCGAAGCUUCUGCGGCCCAUUCCACUGAAUACUCCCACAGAGAUUGAACUCACACCCCGACGUCGUAUCAGGGUAACAUUAUUCGAUGCCAACCAUUGCACUGGGGCUGUGAUGUUUCUCGUUGAGGGGAAUGGGAGAGCAAUCAUCUACACAGGUGACAUUCGAGCCGAGAAAUGGUGGGUCAGCAGCUUGAUCCGUCAUCCGGUCUUGAUACCGUAUACGUUGGGCCAGAAACGACUGGACAAGUUGUACCUCGACUCCACAUUCGCGAGCAAGACCAAUCCAUUUCGGGAGUUUCCUUCCAAGGCCGAGGGACUGGCUGAGCUAUUGCAGAAGGUUCAAGCUUAUCCUGAUGAUACGGUCUUCUACUUUCGUGCGUGGACAUUUGGCUACGAAGAUGUAUGGAUAGCGCUUUCAUCCGCGCUAGAUACCAAGAUUCAUGUAGAUCGCUAUCAGAUGGGACUUUAUCGGUCCCUAACGCAGACACCAGGCAACAGAGGAGUGAACGAAGCACCUGCGCUCUGCGGCUUCGAGCUGGGUAACAGAGCCGUGGCUGGCUGUUUGACCAACGAUGAGUCCAGCCGAGUUCAUAGUUGCGAGCCUGGAGUUUCGUGCUCGGCAGCUCGGGAUGCGAAGACAGUCUACAUUGUGCCCAUCGUUAAUCGCACAGCCGGAGGCGCCGAAAUCUCCGAAGUCGGGGCUGGCGGUGGUAUCGGAGACCUGUAUCAAACACACGAACUCGAGUUGCCAAAUGAGUCUGCUCUUGCCGAGUUGGAGAAGCUGUGCCUCCAGCAUGUUCAUGACAAGGCAGCGUUGUCUCAAGUACGAACUGCGCUUCUGCAGGCCUUCCAGUCAAGGAAGAAAGCACUCUCGCUCGAUACAUAUGGCGUAAAAGAAGAGGGCGAGAUAACGUUGAAUAAUCUGGUGGCUGCUCUAAGCCACGGUCCCUCCCAAGCAUCUGGCGAAUCCUACAAGCCCGAUCCACCUAACACAAUUCGCUUUCCAUAUUCACGACACUCCUCAUAUUCCGAGCUAUGUGAGCUCGUUGCUGCCUUUCGGCCAAAAGAUAUCUAUCCCUGCACUGUUGACCCAUCAACAUGGAACGAGGAUGUAUCGAUCAGACGCUUGUUUGGCCACCUCUGUUCAGAAAACAGGUUUUCUCAUGACACAUACAUGCGACAGACAGUGAAAGACGAUGAAGACGAGGACGGCCCUCGUGCACCAAAAAGAGCGUGUUACGAUAUGGACGUUUCCACGCAGUCCUCCCAAGAAGCCAAUAGGGAAAUAGAUGAUAUUAAUCCCAGUGUGGCUGAUACUACUCAGGAGGAUCAGAGCCAAAGCCUGACACGCCAGCCAAGUCAAGUCGAAGAGGCAGCUAGAAUCAAGCGCAAUGAAAUUCGCCAUGCGCAUCGCUACCUAUAUGAUCACGCCGAGCCGGGACUCUUCCAAGUCGAUCCUCUCCCAUCUACAUGGCCGACGGAAAUAGAUGACAAAUUCGGCGCGGUCCAUGAAACGAAAGACGCAGACAAUCAUAACACACCCAUACCAAAGCAACAAAAUUCAGCAAAUUCAGUCAAGCCCGAACUAAACACUCCUACAAUGAUUGAUCUAACCGGUGAUGGCCCAUCUCCCCGCCCAAUCAAUGUCCAACGAACAGAAAGUCAGCAGACAGAAAUACUCGCUCUUUCCAUUUCCGAGUCGGCAUUCGACUCUCAAGCUCCCACAGUCUCGAGCGGUGACAAUCCAGAUCAAGACAGCCUGGCUCGUUCGCGGCGCGCGCGUGUGGAUGCGUAUCUGGCUGCUCGCCAGGAUACAUUCUCUGCGUGGACGGAGGUGUCGCUUAUUUCGGCAGGGGAUAAUCAUGCCGAGGAGGAGAUUGAGCUAUAA